GUGAAUGAUCAUUUAAUGGAUAUUGAUGAAAUGUUUGAGGAUUUAAACAAUUCUUCUAUUAAAUCACGUACCAUAUUCAAAGUAAACAUGGGGCUACGUCAAUCAAAUCCAGCUGCUUAUACACCAAAGAUGGUCUCUAUAGGUCCUUACCAUAAGAAAAAUCCUCAACUUGGUCCAAUGAAAGAGUACAAACUAUUAUACCUACGACGAUUUCUUCUACGAAAAGUGGGGGUUGAUGUGGAAAGUUGCAUCAGUGAAUUGGAGCAAUUGAAGGAGAAAGCACUAAAGUGUUACGACGAUAUAGAAGACAUUGACACUGAUGAAUUUUGCAAAAUGUUGUUGCUUGAUGGCUGUUUUGUGGUUGAGUUUAUUCGAGAGCGUUGUCAAAUGUAUCCAGAAGGAGAAGAAGAAAUUAUCAACUUUGCUGGUUACAUAUGUCAUCAAAUAUUCCGAGACUUGAUGUUAGUAGAAAACCAACUUCCUUUCUUUGUCCUUAACCAACUUCAUCACAUGACAAAGCAAGAUGAUGAAUUACCAUUGGCAAAACUGGCGAAUGUUUCGUUUAUCUUUUUUAUUGACUUGCCAAACAUGAUAAGAGUAUCCUUUAGAGAGACAGAAUGUAAUGCAGAAAAUAUCAAACAUUUACUUCAUCUAGUACACCUAUUUUCAUGUCAUGGCCGAAAUACCAUGAAAAAGUACUCGAAAUAUGACAUAACGCGACAAAAGGCGAUGCCAAAUGCAACAGAGCUUUCUGAAGCUGGAGUUAGCUUCGUUAAAGUUGGUUAUUCUCAUAAAGAAGACAAUCAUGGGGAUAACACAAGUUUCUUUGAUAUAAGAUUCGAGAAUGGAUUGAUGAAAAUCCCGUAUUUUGAAAUCUUUGAUUAUACGGAAACCUUCCUACGAAAUCUCGUUGCUUAUGAACAACAAUCAUCUGAUGUACUAUCUACAUAUUUCAGUGAUUAUGUAACUUUCCUGGAUCAUCUUAUCGACUCAGACAAAGAUGUGAAUUUGCUUCGCCAGAAAGGAAUCCUAGAGAACUGGAUGGGAGAGGACAAACAAGUGGCUAGCCUCUUCAACAGAAUAGGAAAUGGGGUUGGUGUUUAUUCCAACUUCUAUUACAAUGAAGAAUUUAAAAGAGCAAUUGAACAUUGUGAAAAGCCAUGGAACAGUAUGAAGGCAAAUUUGAAGCAUAAUUAUUUUAGUAGUCCUUGGGUAGGAGCUUCAACUGUGGCAGCUAUCAUAAUCCUCAUACUCACAACUAUACAAACUAUUCUAGCUUUCACAGGUCCCGUUAAGAAAAUAUUUUCAUCCCUACCAAACACACCCCUUUUUCCUCUUAUAAAACCAUUAGAAGCAAAGAGUAGAAGUGACCAACAAAAGAAGAAACAGAGAGACGAAAGAGCUAGGAACUAUACAUCAAGAAAGGAAAGGUAUCAAAGAGGAAUGUCACACUCUAUUGAGAUCACUCCAAUAGUUGACCAAAUUCCUCUUCUUCACCAAAUCAAAAAAGAUGAGAUAGAAGAAGCAAGAAAAGUGGAUCACUUAAAGGAAACAAAUGAUCAACAUACCAAUAAAUCUGCAAAUCAAAUCAUUGAUGAAAAACUGAAGGAUCUGGACAAAGGUGCAUCUAUAAAAUUCACUUCCAUAUUUAAAGUAAAUGUAGGGCUACGAAAAUCAAAUCCAGAUGCAUAUACACCAAUGUUGAUUUCCAUUGGUCCUUACCAUAAAAAGAAUCCACAACUUGGUUCAAUGGAAAAGUACAAAUUGAUGUACCUACGACGAUUUCUUCAGCGUAAAAAGGGGCUUGAUGUGGAAAGCUGCAUUACUGAAAUUGAGAAACUGAAACGUAUAGCACUAAAGUGUUAUGAUGAUAUUGAGAGCUUGGACAAUGAUAUCGUUGAUAAAUUUUCAGAAAUACUUUUACUAGAUGGAUGUUUCGUGGUAGAGUUUAUUCGAGAGUGUAAUGGAAUGUUACCUAAUAGAGAAGACAAAAUUAUAAGCACAAAUUGUAUGAUAAACCUUGCACGUCGAGACUUGUUGUUACUAGAAAACCAACUUCCUUACUUUGUGCUCACCAAGCUUCAGUACAUGACAAAGGAAGUUGAUGAAGUACCAUUCACAAAACUAGUGAAGGAUACCUUUUUUUCUAUAUUACCUAAGAUGGCCCCUGCAUCCUAUGUUGAAUGGGAAAGUGAUGCCAAUAACAUCAAACAUUUGCUUCAAGUAGUACACAUGUUGUCUCACCCUUCAUACUGGGAUUCUUUCCUGAGGAUUGAGUAUUUGAGUAUGAAGAUGAUAUCAAAUAAAGACUACCAAACAUGGCAUGCCAACAUUCCAAAUGUAACAGAGCUUUGCGAAGCAGGAGUUAGAUUUUCAAAAGUUGGAAAUAUUUAUAGUAACCUUGAAGAUAGGACAACUUUAUUUGAUAUCAAAUUUGAGAAUGGGCAGAUGAAAAUUCCUUGUUUUGAAGUGGAUGAUGUAACGGAGACCCUCCUGAGAAAUCUCGUAGCCUACGAGCAACAGUCAUGUGAUGUACUUGAUAAACAUUUCAGUGAUUAUGCAGUGUUCAUGGAUUACCUCAUACACUCAGACAAAGAUGUGAAUGUGCUUCGUCAAAAAGGAAUCAUAACCAAUCAACUAGGAGAGGACAAUGAAGUAGCUAGCAUCUUUAAUAAAAUUGGGCAAGGGGUCAACAUCUCAAGUGAUUUCUAUUACAAAGAAGAAUGCAGAAAAGUAAUUCAACAUUGUGAAAAACCAUGGAACAGAAUGAAGGCAAAUUUGAGGCACAAUUACUUCAACACUCCAUGGGCAGGAAUUUCAACUGUGGCAGCCAUCAUUCUCCUCUUACUCGCAGCUACACAGACUGUUCUAACUUUCAUAAGCUUUAUUAAGUAGUUGCUUUAAUUAUGUGUCAUUGUUGAUUUGUUUUGUUAAUCCUCCACUACUCGAUAUAAUAUAAUUUUGUGUUUUUAUUGGAUUAA